GUUGAUGAUACUCGAUUGCAUCGAAAUGGGGCCUCCGAGUUCGCCCGUCCCGGCGCCGCCGCCGGCGUCGGCGGACGCGGCGGCCGUGCGCGCCUACGCGACGACGCUCAAGGACCUGGGCAACGACCGCUUCGCCGCCGGCGACGACGACAGCGCCAGCGCACUCUACGGGAAAGCGCUCGACGCGUGCCACGGGUCCAUGGGCGACCUCCGCUGCGCUGCGCUCUGCAACCGCGCGGCGUGCCACCUCCGCGCGAAGCGCUGGCGCGCCUGCGUCGCCGACUGCGACGCCGCGCUCGCGCUCGACGGCGCGCGGGCCAAGGCGCUCUACCGACGCGCGCGCGCGGCCGAGGGCCUCGGGGACCUCGCGGCCGCGGCCAGGGACUACAAGGCGUUUCUCGUCCUCGAGCCUCGGCACAAGGACGCGACGGAGCGCGCGCGCAAGGUGCGCUUCCGCUUCGCGAUGCGGCGCCGCGACGCCGCGCCGCCGCCCGCGCCGGCGCCCGGCGACCUCGCGGAGGACUUCGACGCCUUCUCCGUGCGCGUGCGCCUCGCCGUCUCGUCGCUCGAGGACGUCGACGUCGCGCUCGUCGGGCCGUCGGGCCCCGCGCCGAACCCAAAUCUUCAAUCCGACUGCAGCGUGCGCGUGUCGGGCCGCGCGUCGGCGGGCUGGUUCGAGCCCGACGGCGACUACGCGCCGCCCUUCCACGCCGCCGGCGCGCGGCCGCUCGAGGCCGGCGCGCACCGGCUCGUCGUCUCGCGGCGCGGCGAGGAGCUCGCCGCGGCGGCGUUCGACGUCUGGCUCUACUCGCGCGCGGCGCUCCAGCACAAGGCCCUGCUCCGCGUCCGGGCGCCGCCGCCGGUCCUCGCGGCGCUCCGAACGUUCGUCGGCGACGCGGCGCCGCUCGAGCCCGGCACGUACCCCCGGGACCUCUUCAAGUCGCCCCAGGACCCGACGCCCGCCGACGCGUUCCCGACGCUCGAGGCCUUCGCGCGCGCCAUGCCCCCGGACUCGCGGCGCUGCGUCCACGCCGGCGCGGAGAUCUCGCUCCGCUGCUGCGAGGGGUUCCGCGACGGCGAGGCCCGGGCCUUCUCCGUCGCCGAGUUCCUCUCGCGCGGCCGCUGCGGCGGCGUCGCGACGGCCCUCCAGACCGUCGCCAUCGACCACCACGUCGCCUUCAAGGUCGACGGCGUCCAGGUCGGCCUCGGCUCCCGGCCGCCGCCGCGGUGGCCCCCUCCCGGCGGCGGCGACGACUCGGACUAGGCGCGCGGCUCCCGUCUAGGAAAUGGGCCGCGGUGAUGCUCAUUGCCCGACGUAUACAUAUCAU